AUGCAGAGUACCGAUUCCCACUAGAAAUAUUCAUCUAAAAAUCAAUCUCAGGUCAAAGUCAGACAAGAUAAAUUCGCUUAGUUCCAAGAUGAAGAGCAAUAAAUUGAAGUAUAUCAAGAUAAAAACUUUGACGAUUCAAAUCGUAAUCAUCAAGAUCUGAAACAAGAUUCUCUAAACUAUAUAGAUGAGAUGAGAUUCGAAUAAUAAAGAGGGGCAGGCAAGAAAAUCAUAGUCAAGUCAAGUUCUAGCGUUUCUUCUUUUUCAGAAUCUAAAUUCAUACUAGCUAAGAGACGUCCUUUAUCAAUGUGGACCAUGAUUGGAGUUUUUUACUGGUUUUUGAAUUCCCUGUUAGGUUUCUACAUUGUUCUUAAAUUUUAAGAACCUCUUUAAAUAGAGUACCCACUGGCUUAUGACAGCAUCCUAGCUUUCUCGCUAAAAUGGAUCACAGCUGCUAUAAUUUCAAUAUUCAUCCUUGUGUUUUUAUGCUUGAUCAUCAAAGUAUUCUCUAGAUAGGAAACUUACUGUGAAAGCACCAUCGGAGCUUUCCCUACUUUAUACUUAUUAGUCAUUCACGUACAAUACAUGUUCUCCUUGUACUACUGUGUAUUAAUCGUUAUGAGACUGUAUCAAAAUGAAUACGAUAACUUAGACAACACUGAAAAUCUUAAUUUGGAGUUUAACUUGAAGUUACUGAUAGCAAUAUACUGUGGCAAUGAAAUAUUGGUGAGCUUGUCCAUUAUAGUCCUUGCACUUUAUCAUAUAUUUGGAGGUGGUCUUAGAAGGUCGCAUCAUUUAGAAGAGCUUGAGGGUGAUGCAUUCGACAUUGAUGAUAAGUAAGUGCAAAAGCUAUAAUAAGAACUAUAAGAAUCAAGAAUUAGAACUGAAAGUCUGAGGAAGGAAAUGUCUAUAGGAUAUUAGGAUCCAACAAGGCUUAGCUAAUUAAAAGAAGAUAUGAUUAGAGAGAUACUGUAGGAUUCUUAAUAAAGGGUGAGGUCUGUUUCUCAUGACCCCUAUCAAAAUAUAAAGCAGUAGUCAAUUUAUGGUAAUAGCCAGAUAGAAUCUCCUUAGGUUAGGAAAUCUCAAAGCCCUGAAUCUUAUAAGCAAAACUAAUCAGCUAAUUUAUAUGGAUAAGAUCAAAAGUACUUGAACUUUUAAACAACCAGAGAAAAUAUCCCUAAUUACCAAUCGAACUUGAGAGGAUCCCAUUCACUGCAAAAGACUAAUGAUCAGUCCUUCGACAGACCCUCAUUCUAGCAAAACAAUGGGCAGCAGAAUGACAUGAGAAAGAGUGAUCCAAACUUCAAGUUGAUUCUUGAAGCUACUAUUAAUGAGGAGGAGAAGAAAGACUCAAAUACAUCAAGAGAUAAUAAGCAAGAAUGA